GGUGGGCUCGGAGAAGUCUUGCUGGCUGGAACCUGCUCUGGGGCGGUGGCGGUGGGGACGGCCCCAGCGUUCUGUGACAGCCCUGCCUGCUUCCCCUCGUCCUCUCCCGGCUUGCGGCGACCGGCCACAGCUGCAGCGGGCCCGGGGCCUGGAUUUUUUGACACGCCUCGGACAUGAGCCCCACACAGUGGGACUUCCCUGUGGAAUUAUGUUGUCGGCCUAUGGCUUUUGUUACUCUUACGGGCCUGGACGUAGUUUAUAAUGCUGUCCAUCGAGCCGUCUGGGAUGCUUUCUGUGCCAAUCGGAGGGCUGAUCGGGUACCAAUUUCUUUCAAGGUGCUCCCAGGAGACCAUGAGUAUCCCAAAUGUAGACCCAAGAGAACGUCCUAUGAGUGGUACAUUCCUAAAGGCAUCUUAAAGACAGGUUGGAUGAAUAAACAUCUGAAUCUGGUGCCAGCCCUGGUGGUCGUGUUCUAUGAGCUGGACUGGGAUGAGCCUCAGUGGAAAGAAAAGCAGUCCGAGUGCGCUACCAGAGUGGAAAUAGUCAGGCAAAGUUUACAAGGGAGAAACACAAAAGUUGCAGUGGUUCUGAUUCAGAAGAAAACGCCUUUGCCCCCAGGAGAAGAUGUCAUUGCUUCAGAAAGGGCUGCAGCUUUAUGCAAUGCGUGCGAACUCUCAGGAAAGUCUUUGUUUGUGCUGCCCCACACUGACCACCUUGUGGGUUAUAUUAUAAGGUUAGAAAAUGCCUUUUAUGAACAUGCACAGACUUAUUACUACACUGAGAUCAGAAGAGUGAAAUCUCAUAAGGAAUUUUUGAAUAAAACAACACACCAGCUUUUAUUUGUUAGACAUCAGUUCAAGAUAGCUUUCUUCAGUGAGUUGAAACAAGAUACACAAAAUGCUCUGAAGAAUUAUAGGACCGCCUAUAAUCUGGUACAUGAAUUGAGAGCCCAUGAAACAAAUAUUCUGGAAAUUAAGACUAUGGCAGGAUUUAUAAACUACAAGAUCUGUAGGCUGUGUUUUCAGCACAACACCCCAUUAGAUGCAAUUGCUCAGUUCCGGAAACACGUCGACUUGUGUAAGAAAAAAAUCGGAAGUGCAGAGUUGUCUUUUGAGCAUGCUGCAUGGAUGGCUAAACAAUUCCAGGCCUUUGGAGAUUUAUUUGAUGAAGCUAUUAAGUUAGGGUUGACGGCUAUUCAAACUCAGAAUCCUGGUUUCUAUUACCAGCAGGCAGCGUACUAUGCCCAGGAGCGGAAGCAGCUUGCAAAAACCCUCUGCAGCCACGAAGCCUCUGUAACGUAUCCCAAUCCUGAUCCCUUAGAAACGCAGACAGGCCUUCUCGACUUUUACGGACAAAGAUCAUGGCGACAAGGAAUACUAAGUUUUGAUCUUUCUGAUCCUGAAAAAGAGAAAGUGGGCAUUCUUGCCAUUCAGCUGAAGGAGAGAAGUGUUGUUCACUCUGAAAUAAUAAUAACUCUUCUGAGCAAUGCUGUUGCACAAUUUAAGAAGUAUAAAUGUCCCAGAAUGAAAAGUCAUCUAAUGGUUCAAAUGGGAGAGGAAUAUUAUUAUGCAAAGGAUUAUACCAAAGCUUUGAAGUUGCUGGAUUACGUGCUGUGUGAUUAUCGGAGUGAGGGCUGGUGGAGCCUACUCACAUCCAUACUGACGACGGCUCUGAAGUGCUCCUACCUCAUGGCCCAGUUAAAAGAUUACGUUACCUAUUCCCUCGAACUCCUUGGAAGAGCUUCAACUCUGAAAGAUGACCAGAAAUCUCGGAUAGAAAAGAACCUCAUAAAUGUUUUAAUGAAUGAAAGUCCUGAUCCUGAACCGGACUGUGAUAUCUUGGCUGUGAAAACGGCCCAGAAGCUGUGGGCAGACCGAGUGUCUCUGGCCGGCAGCAAUGUUGUCACAAUAGGAGUACAGGACUUUGUGCCGUUUGUUCAAUGCAAAGCCAAGUUCCACGCCCCGAGUUUUCACGUUGAUGUUCCUGUGCACUUCGAUAUUUAUCUGAAGGCUGAUUGUCCACAUCCCAUUAGGUUUUCUAAGCUCUGUGUCAGCUUUAAUAAUCAGGAAUAUAACCAGUUUUGUGUCAUCGAAGAAGCUUCCAAAGCGAGUGAAGUUUUAGAAAAUUUGACUCAGGGAAAGAUGUGCUUAGUUCCUGGUAAAACAAGGAAGUUUUUAUUUAAAUUUGUUGCAAAAACUGAAGAUGUGGGAAAGAAAAUUGAGAUUACUUCCGUGGAUCUGGUUCUGGGCAGUGAGACGGGAAGAUGCGUGGUUUUAAACUGGCAGGGAGGAGGAGGAGACGCUGCCUCCUCCCAAGAAGCCUUGCAGGCCUCGCGGUCUUUCAAAAGACGGCCAAAGCUGCCAGCCAGCGAGCUGCACUGGGACAGCAUAGUCAUUCAGGCCAGCACAAUGAUCAUUUCCAGAGUUCCAAACAUUUCUGUCCAUCUGCGGCACGACCCUCCCGCCCUGACUAAUGAAAUGUAUUGUUUGGUUGUGACUGUUCAGUCCCACGAAAAGACCGAAAUCAGAGAUGUGAAGCUCACCGCUGGUUUAAAACCUGGCCAGGAUGCCAAUUUAACUCAGAAGACUCAGGUGACCCUCCGUGGAACAGAACUGUGCGAUGAGUCCUACCCAGCUUUACUCACUGACAUUCCUGUCGGAGACCUACGCCCAGGGGAGCAGCUGGAAAAAAUGCUAUAUGUUCGCUGUGGAACAGUGGGUUCGAGAAUGUUUCUCGUGUAUGUCUCUUACCUGAUCAAUACAACUAUUGAAGAAAAGGAAAUUGUUUGCAAGUGUCACAAGGAUGAAACUGUAACAAUAGAAACCGUCUUUCCAUUUGACGUUGCAGUUAAAUUUGUUUCGACAAAGUUUGAGCACCUGGAAAGGGUCUAUGCUGACAUCCCCUUUCUGCUGAUGACGGACCUUUUAAGUGCCUCUCCCUGGGCGCUCACUAUUGUGUCCAGUGAGCUGCAGCUGGCUCCUUCUAUGACCGCAGUGGACCAGCUGGAGUCCCAGCUGGACAAAGUUGUCUUACAGACUGGAGAGAGCGCUAGUGAAUGCUUUUGUCUUCGGUGCCCAUCUGUUGGAAAUGUUGAAGGUGGAGUAGCAACUGGGCAUUAUAUUAUCUCCUGGAAGAGGACUUCAGCCAUGGAAAACAUCCCUGUCAUCAGUACUGUCAUCACUCUGCCACAUGUGAUUGUAGAAAAUAUCCCUCUGCAUGUGAACGCAGAUCUGCCGUCGUUUGGGCGUGUCAGAGAAUCCUUACCUGUGAGGUAUCACCUGCAGAAUAAGACUAACUUAGUGCAAGAUGUGGAGGUUUCUGUGGAGCCCAGCGAUGCCUUCAUGUUCUCAGGCCUUAAACAGAUUCGAUUACGUAUUCUGCCUGGCACAGAACAGGAAAUGUUGUAUAAUUUCUAUCCGCUAAUGGCUGGAUACCAGCAGCUGCCAUCGCUCAACAUCAACUUGCUGAGAUUUCCUAACUUCACCAAUCAGCUGCUCAGGCGCUUUAUACCCACCAGUAUUUUUGUAAAGCCACAGGGUCGACUGAUGGAUGACACCUCCAUUGCCGCUGCGUGAUGGGCAAGACCAGCCCUUGGCGGUUCUUCCAGAGAAGCCGAGAGAGCUGUGUACGUUUCUUAUUGUGAACUGUAGCUUUGAUCAUGGUAAAAGUUAAUCUUUUCUAUUUUUUAAUGGAUGUUAUACCAACUGUUCAGAGGAACUCGUGCUUAAAAUAUUAGGAAAAUCUAUCCUCUCUUAUAGUUUCACUAAUAAAUAUUUGAAAUCUGUCAGUGUGACAUGAAAGGAUGUCAGAUCACUGUUAUUGUUGAUCAUUUUACGAAUAGUCAGUUAGUCGGUGAUUUGCAUGUGCAAUAUCAGAGGAUGAUUAAGCAUCUCAACUGGGACUGGACACGGAGAGGAAAAGCUGCCCAGGGAAGUUCUCACCCCCCGUGUCUCCUUCAGACUCGGCCAAACUUCCUCGUAAAGGCAAUGUGUGCUCAGAAUACAUCACAACGACUUGUAAGCAACUGUAUGACUGAUACAGAAAACUUCCAGAAGGUUCUAAUUAAAGCAAUUUAAGUUGUCUAAAAAGUAUCUGUGCUUACCGUCAAAACAUGUCACAUAGGUUCAGCUCAGAGCCAAAAUGGGGAUCAUUUGUGAAGCAGGUUUCUCUUUGUAAGUGUGUUAACGAGAUCUUCACCUGCAAGGUUCUGGUUGCAAGGACUUGACUAUAAGCAUAAUUUCCUACACUAAAAGUUUUUGAAAGAGAUGCAAGGUCUAAAGAAGGGCUUUUAGUUGUGCUGUGCAGUUUCAAAAGAACUAUUUAAAACUCUUGAAAAUUCUUGUAAAUAAAAAUCAUACUAUGAAAAUUUUCUUUGUUCAAAUAUCUUAAUUUAAAACUACUUUAUUUCCUGGAAAAUUUUAUUAUUUAAAGCUGUAGGAGUUGUAAAAAGGAAAUAGUCAUGUAAAUAAAUGUUCUCUUUCAAAUAUGCUUGUAUCUAUCUUUUAUUUGUCUUGAGCUCGUUUGAUUUCUGCCUCAUGAAACAGCUCUUACUAAGGACACUGUUGCAUGAGGUGUCGUGGAGAGCGUAAGAUUGAACGCUGGGAGAUCUGUGUUCGAGAACUGGCUCUGCUAGCCUGUGGGGAGACUUGGGCAAUGCAGUGGACCAUCUUGUGGGGACAUGAGUUCCCUGUUACCACGACUUCUCACGUGGGGCCGUGGGAGCUUGUCUCUGCAGCCAGCUUGUCUCGGAUCAAAUCCCGGCGCUGCUGCAGCCAGCUAGGUGACUUCGGUCGGGUUGGUCACCAUCUGUGUAUCUGGUGUUCUUAAUCUACAAGAUGUAGACUAUGAUAGUAUCUAUCUCAGAGGUUUUGUCAUGAGGAUGAUAAAAAUUAACACAUGAGCAGAGCUUGAAACCAUGCCUGACCCACAGGAUGCUCUGCCAGCAACGUCUGUAUCAUCAUCCCCUUUGAUGGGAGGGCUGAAGGGGAUAUGCUUGCGUCUACUGGAGAGUCUGUGUUGUCAGAAUGUGUUGAUACAUUUUACAUAUGCAGUACGUGAGCAUAUAUAUAUAUAUGCAUGUGUGUGUAUACAUGUAAAUAUAUAAUACUGUAAACGAAAGUUUCAUGAAAUACUACUCACCAUCUGUAUAUGCUUAUAUUUUAUAUCCUACUCUGUUUUGUUAAAUAAUAUCCCUGGUGUAACCUUCUCUGUUGAUUGCAUGACCCACUAAUGGAUGUAACCUGCAGUUUGAAAAAUUCAAGGUCCCUUUGAAUUCUAAGGUGGUCUGAUGCUUAUGUAAUGAAGCUCUCCCUCGGUAACACUGCCACUGUCAGACACAAAGUCUGUGUAGAACUAAUGAGUCACUGACACACACUUCACAAUUCUUACCAUGAUGUCAGUGUGACUUGUGUAAGUGCGUCUGCGACUGUAAAUACACCAAGUAAAUAGGUCUGUGCUUUUCCUUGAUGUUUCUUAGAGCUGGCGACAGAGUCAUCCUUUCCCAACCAGGAAUGCUCCCAUAUUAUUAAUUCUCCUGUGAAUGUAUUCUAUUUACUUAUUUUUGAAUUCAAAAAUACAUGAAAUCAUGAUUUUCCAUGGGUCCAGAAAUCAGCUGUCACAGUGUUGCGGGAUCUGUUGAUUGACUGGUGUUACAAGUGUCCUGCCUCUGUGCCAUCAGCCACAGUCUUUCUCCCUCGUGAAAACUGUACCUUGUUACCACUUGGUUCUCAGUAUUGCUCUCUACCAGUUCAGUGUUAUACGCCAUUCAGGGCUGUAAACCUU